CAUCCGUUGCCGUUGCAGCGGGGGGCCCAUGGUCCUCAAUGACGAUGAACUGGUGGACAACGUCUCAGGGGCUUUGCGCUGCAGCAUUUGUCUCAACGUCUUCACUGAGCCGGUCUUUUGUGCUGGAACACCGUGCCAGCACGUUUUCUGCAAGAGUUGUUUGACCCGUGCACUGGAGAAACGACCCAGCUGCCCCAUGUGUAAGGCUGAUUUGGAGCCGUCGCAGAUCAGGACGAACAUCCUGGCCCGAAAUCUGGUCGACGAGUUGCAGGUGCGCUGCAGGCAUCAUGCGCUCGGCUGCGGCUGGCAGGGCAUGCUGCAAGAUCGAGGGCAGCACGAGUCGAGCUGCCUGGUGGUGAUCAACCUACGUCUGGCUUCGGAGGUGGAUGUACUCUCUCAAGACGUGCAGUCUUUGCAUGAAGCCAACCGAAAGUUGCGCGAGGAGAAUCAGCAGAACCGGCAGGACAUUUGCAAGAUCAUGAAGGAGCUGCAACUUAUGAAGCAGCACACCUAUGAUGCGGUCCUCCCCCGAAGGCAUGUGCAGAUUUUAUGUAAAAACUUCAGUGGGAAGGUCUACAGCUUCCGCGCUUCAUUGGAUGAAAAAGUCUCGGACCUCAAGGAGUCGAUCUCCAAAAAGUUCGACAUAGAGCCAGAUAUCUUCAAACUGAUGUAUUGCCUGAAGCUCCUUUGGCUGAAAACUGCGGCCUUUGCCUGAGAACACGUUGCUGGAAGAGAAUGGCCUUGAAAGUGAAUCUUGGGUGUCCCUUUGCAUCAACUCUCAGCUUCAACCGGUGACCCAGCUGGCCAAAGAUAAGCAGCCCUGACGCCGUUACGUUACGUAACGAAGAGAAAAAGGACGUGAAAAGAGGCAGUCCUUGGAUUUGCUGG